AUGUCUACAUCAAAUAAACGUUUUUUUGACGAUAUUGAUCUAUUUCAACAAUAUUUCAUUAGUUCGCCUUCAUCAGUUAAAAAACGUCUUUGUAUUCCAUUAGUACCAAGUGUACCUCGAGGUGGUACAAAUUAUAUAGAUAAAUUUAUUCUGAAUCGUUCAACAUCAUCAGAUAACAACUUAAGUACAAACAAUUUAUUAUUUUAUUCAGAAGAAAUGAUAAACGAAACUAAUGAAUCAUCAAAUACAAAAAGUCAUACAAUAAAAAUUGAAUUAAGUUCUAUAUAUAUGUUAUAUCCACAAUUAUUCGAUGUUAAAUAUCUACCAUCAGUACCUGUUUGUUAUAAACAAGAAACUUUAAAUAAAAAUCUUGAUCGAAAAAUUGAAACAACCUUUGAAUAG